AUGCUUUCUCUGAAGAAAUACUUAACGGAAGGACUCCUCCAGUUCACCAUUCUGCUGAGUUUGAUUGGGGUGCGGGUGGACGUGGAUACUUACCUGACCUCUCAGCUCCCCCCACUCCGGGAGAUCAUCCUGGGGCCCAGUUCCGCCUACACUCAGACCCAGUUCCACAACCUGAGGAAUACCUUGGACGGCUAUGGUAUCCACCCCAAGAGCAUAGACCUGGACAAUUACUUCACCGCCCGGCGGCUCCUCAGUCAGGUGAGGGCCCUGGACAGGCUCCAGGUGCCCACCACUGAGGUCAGCGCCUGGCUGGUCCACCGGGAUCCGGAGGGCUCUGUCUCCGGCAGCCAGCCCAGCUCAGGCCUUGCCCUCGAGAGUUCCAGUGGCCUCCAGGAUGUGACAGGCCCAGACACCGGGGUGCGAGAAAGCGAAACGGAGCAGGGGUUCAGUGAAGAUUUGGAGGAUUUGGGGGCUGUAGCCCCUCCAGUCAGUGGAGACUUAACCAAAGAGGACAUAGAUCUGAUUGACAUACUUUGGCGACAGGAUAUUGACCUGGGGGCUGGGCGUGAGAUUUUUGACUAUAGUCAUCGCCAGAAAGAACAAGAUGUGGAUAAGGAACUGCAAGAUGGAGUGGAGCAGGAGGACACCUGGCCAGGAGAGGGAGAAGAAGUUCUGGCACCAAACCUGCUAGUGGAUGGAGAAACUGGGGAGAGCUUUCCUGCCCAGGUGCCUGGUGGGGAGAACCAGACAGCCCUGUCCUUGGAAUUGUGCCUUAGGCUGCCGGAGGCCACCUGCCCCUUUGGGGAGAACGCCGAGUUUCCAGCAGACAUUUCCAGCUUAACAGAAGCAGUGCCUAGUGAGAGUGAGCCCCCAGGUCUUCAGAACAACCUCUUGUCUCCUCUCCUGACGGGGACAGAGUCACCAUUUGAUUUGGAGCAGCAGUGGCAAGAUCUCAUGUCCAUCAUGGAAAUGCAGGCCAUGGAAGUGAACACAUCAACAAAUGAGAUCCUGUACAAUAACCCUCCUGGAGACCCACUGAGCACCAACUACAGCCUUGCCCCCAACACUCCCAUCAAUCAGAAUGUCAGCCUGCAUCAGGCAUCCCUCGGGGGCUGCAGCCAGGACUUCUCCCUUUUCAGCCCUGAGGUGGAGAGCCUGCCUGUGGCCAGCAGCUCCACACUGCUCCCACUGGUCCCCAGCAAUUCCACCAGCCUCAACUCCACCUUCGGCUCCACCAACCUGACAGGCCUCUUCUUUCCACCCCAGCUCAAUGGCACAGCCAAUGACACGGCAGGCCCCGAGCUGCCUGACCCACUGGGGGGUCUGCUAGAUGAAGCCAUGCUGGAUGAGAUCAGCCUCAUGGACCUGGCCAUUGAAGAAGGCUUUAACUCCGUGCAGGCCUCCCAGCUUAAAGAGGAAUUUGAUUCUGACUCAGGCCUCUCCUUGGACUCUAGCCAUAGCCCUUCCUCCCUGAGCAGCUCUGAAGGCAGCUCCUCCUCCUCCUCUUCCUCCUCCUCCUCCGCUUCCUCCUCAGCCUCUUCCUCCUUCUCUGAGGAAGGUGCUGUUGGCUACAGCUCUGACUCUGAAACCCUGGAUCUAGAGGAGGUUGAGGGCGCUGUGGGCUACCAGCCCGAGUAUUCCAAGUUCUGCCGCAUGAGCUACCAGGAUCCGUCUCAGCUCUCUUGCCUGCCCUACUUGGAGCACGUGGGCCACAACCACACGUACAACAUGGCACCCAGUGCCCUUGACUCUGACAAGCAGAUGAGCCGGGAUGAGCAUCGAGCCCGAGCCAUGAAGAUCCCCUUCACCAAUGACAAAAUCAUCAACCUGCCUGUGGAGGAAUUCAAUGAGCUGCUGUCCAAAUACCAGCUCAGCGAAGCCCAGCUAAGCCUCAUCCGGGAUAUCCGGCGCCGGGGCAAGAACAAGAUGGCAGCACAGAACUGCCGCAAGCGCAAGCUGGACACCAUCCUGAACCUGAAGCGGGACGUGGAGGACCUGCAGCGUGACAAAGCCCGACUGCUGCGGGAGAAGGUAGAGUUCCUCCGGUCCCUGCGGCAAAUGAAGCAGAAGGUUCAGAGCCUGUACCAGGAGGUGUUUGGGCGGCUGCGAGAUGAGAAUGGGCGACCCUACUCGCCCAGUCAGUAUGCUCUCCAGUACGCCGGGGAUGGUAGUGUCCUCCUCAUUCCCCGCACCCUGGCCGACCAGCAGGCCCGGCGGCAGGAGAGGAAGCCAAAGGACCGGAGAAAGUGA